GCACCUUGAGCACAGAUCCAAUCCCGGACCGAGUCUUCCGCCUGCUGCCGCUGCUCAGAUUCUACUCCCAUCAGUCGCAGCCGCCGAGGAAAUGCCCAGAUACGAGCUGUCUCUGAUUCUUAAGGCCAUGCAGAGGCCCGAAACAGCAGCCACCCUGAAACGCACGAUAGAGGCUCUCAUGGAGCGGGGAGCGAUUGUGCGCAAUCUGGAAAACCUGGGAGAGAAAGCCCUUCCGUACAAGAUCUCCAAGCAUAACCAGAGCCACAGACAAGGAUGGUACUUUUUGGUAGAUUUCUAUUCACCUCCUGCCAUCAUUCCAAGCGUGUUGGAUCAUUUGUCUCGUGAUAUUGAUGUCAUCAGACCGACGAUUCUGAAGCAAGAACCAAAGACAGAAGAGAGAGAAUGCCCAGGAAUUAUCCCUGCUGACAUUGAGGCAAAGUUCAGCCGCAGGAAGAGAUGAUAUACUGUAUGAAGCAGAAGGCGUAGUAAUGUAUGGAUCAUAUUUUUUAUUAUACAUGUUUAAUAAAUUCAUAUUCCUGAAAGCAAAA